AUGCCCCCAACUGAUGUCUGCCUCGAUGCUGAGACGAGUUCAACCUCAUCUUUCGAAAGCCCCGUCAGUUUUCAAUCGGAGAAUGAUGAACCGUGUGGAAUAAGGAGUCAGGAAGAUUUCUUGAGGUUGAAGAUGAUACACAAAGUAAAGAAUCAGGAAUAUCAGGACUAUGUUUGCACUCUCUGGCUACAGAAUGCUCAAGCAGAACAGGAAAAGAGUAUGGAAGCGAUGAGAAGAUACUUUGAAAAGUACGUUGCUUUCUGACACACAACUUUUGAUAUUUGAAUAUCGUACUUACCCCCAUUUCCAGCAAACAGAAAACGUUACAUCGGUGA